UUGGGUCUCACAGGUCUUACACACUCAAUAUGUUGAGGCACUCAUAUUUUUUAUGGCUCUUCACUGUUUGCGGACUGUGGGAAACCCAAGCUCAAUAUCAGCCAAGCUUGCUUGAUCAGAUUGCCACGCACCAGCAACAGUGGUUCACUUACACCGCUGGGAAACAAGCUGAAUACCUCAAAAAACUAGAUUUGAUGAAGGAAGAGCUGGAUGACCAACUGAAUGCGCUACAGGUGAAAACGGAAAUCCAGCUUCAGGCGCUGCGGGAAGUUGCGGAGUCUCAAAAGGCAGUGGUUGAAGCGACACCUUUACAAAGGGAACCAGGCCCGCCGCCAACAAAGCUUUUUAAAAAGAUCGGCAGUAGGUACUUCUACAUUGGAAAAGAUAGCAAGGUAACUUGGUUUGCUGCAUCGGACGAAUGUCGUCUAAUCGGUGGUUACAUCGCUACAAUCAACGAUCAGGAGGAGCUUAAUGAAGUCAACCAGAUAUUCGGUUCGGAUGCCUUUUGGCUGGACAUCAACUCAUUGCCCAAGACUGGCACGUUUCUUUCUAGUCGCACCGGCGAGAGAGCACCAUUUUACAAAUGGGGAGAAGGGCAACCGACUAAGAAGCAUGAAAAUGAAUGUAUAUUUAUACGCAAUAAGAAAAUGUACAGUGCAGAUUGCUGGGCUGUAAACUAUUUUAUUUGUCAAAGUGAGCCAUUAAACUAGAUACUUUAAUGAUUGCGAAACGAUA